GACGAGAAGAAAAGAAUCAUGUCUGGAACAAACCAAACAACUUUCCUUAUAAAGGAAUUUAUUAUUGUAGGAUUUCCUGGAUUCCAAGACCAGCCUAGCAAAAAAACACUCUUUACAUUUUUCCUCAUAGCUUAUCUUUUGAUUUUGCUUCUCAAUCUUCUUUUAAUUGGCAUUUUUAUUGUGGACAGAAAUCUUCACACCCCAAUGUAUUUCCUAGUAUGUAGUCUUGCCAUAUUGGAUAUUGUGCUAUCAACAAACACAGUGCCAAGAAUGUUAGCGCUCUUCAUAUUGGAUUUAAGAUCGACUCCAUUUGUGACCUGCUUUACUCAAACCUACUUCUUUUUGGGUCUUAGCUCAGCUGAAUGUUUCCUUCUUAGCUUAAUGGCUUAUGACAGACACAUCGCAAUCUGUAAACCUUUGCACUACCCCAGCAUAAUGACUAACAGUCGCAUUCUGAAGCUCAUCGUCUAUGGCUGGGUGAGUGGAUUCCUAUGUCCAGCAAUAGCAGUGGCCCUUGCCCUUAGAUUUCCAUUUUGUGGUCCUAAUAAGAUCAAUCAGUGCUUCUGUGACUAUUCUUCUGUGUUAAUAUUGGCCUGUGGGGACAUUCUGAUUACAAGCUAUGUGGCAUUAGCCAUGGGCCUAUCCGUAAUACUCAUCUCAUUAAUUUACAUAAUCUUUUCCUAUACAAAGAUCAUUAUGUCUGUGCUAAAAAUAUCUACCUCUACUGGCCGUAUGAAGGCCUUUUCUACAUGUGGGACACAUCUACUGGUCAUUUCUUUGUUCUUGUUCAUAGCUGCAGGAGUAUUCAUUUCUUAUCGAAUUCCCGGUGCCUCUGCGGAUGUGCGGAUCAUGGCGGCUGUGGUGCAGAACGUUCUUCCACCGUUGAUGAACCCAAUAAUUUACUGUCUGAGGACAAAAGAAAUCAGAGACAGUUUAAUGAGGACCCUUAAGAAAAGAAGAAUCAUUCCAACACACAUAUGAACAUCUAAGCACUUUCCAUGAACUGUCACAUAGAAAUAGCACAAAAUAAGCCAGCCCCAUUUUUGCACAUUCAAUAAUGUAAUUUUGGACUUUUAUUCUUGUAUUGUCUGUAACUUUACGGCUAAUUGUGCUAAGCUGUUAAGUAUUAUAUACUACAUUGUAAAAUCAAUAUGA